UUUCAUGCCUUUCUGAAAGGUGAAAGGUUACGUUUUCCUAGUGGCGUUUGGAAUCGCAUAGGUUUGGCACUUGGUGUGCGCGAGUUUUCCUAUCAUAUUUUCCCACUUAACCGAACGUGGGAAAGGGUGGUCACUCGUCCAUAAGGUUGUGCGUGUUUGGCAAACCAAUUUUCCGAGCAUGAGAGCCACAUGCACUCUCCGCGAACCAGCACUUACCAACGGAUAUUCUCCUCUCUGCAACAAUUGCGUCGCUGCACCACACCAACGACCCCUCCAUCCACAGGCCUCUUCGCCCUCUUGAACACCGUCCACGACCUUCCUUCUCUCCUUCGGGCUCACUGCAGAAUCGUCGCCACCGGCCAUUCGAGCAAUGCCUUCUUGACGGCCAAGCUCAUCGCUGUCUACUCCGACUUCAAUGGCACAGAUGUUGCUACCAAACUGUUCGACGGAAUACCUGAACGAGAUACCUUCUUAUGGAACUCCAUCAUUAAGGCCUAUUUCUCUAGUGGCCUGUUUGAGAAAGCCCUCCAAUACUAUUACGAGAUGCGCCUUUCUGGUGUCUCUUUGGACCAUUUCACUUUCCCCAUGGUCGUUACCUCCUGUGCAGAGCUAUGUGCUUUGCAGGAGGCCAAAAUUUUGCAUGGUAUUGCCUUCAGAUUGGGAGUUAUGGGUAAUAAUCUUGCAAUUUGCUCUUCUUUCAUGUACUCGUAUGCGAAAUGCGGAACAACGUACUGUACCCGACAUUUGUUCGACGAAAUGUCUGCUAGAGAUGUUGUUGCUUGGACCGUGUUGAUUGUGGGUUAUGUUGAGAAUGGAGAUGAUAUAAUGGGUUUGGACUGUUUCAGACUGAUGCUAUCUGACGGAGCGAAGCCUAAUGUCAGAACCGUCGAGGGAGGUCUCCUGGCAUGCACGAAUUUGGAGGCAGUUCCCAGUGGGAAGUGCUUGCAUGGUUUUCUGGUGAAGAGUGGAAUUGGUUGUCUCUCUUCUGUUCAGUCUUCUCUUUUGUCAAUGUACUCUAAGUGUGGAACUAUGGAGGAGGCAAAGUAUGCCUUUGAUGAGUUGGCCGAAAAGGAUCUCUUUUCUUGGACUGCAAUUGUUGGAAGUUAUUCAAGGAACGAGUAUGAGGCCGGAUGCAUGCAGCUUUUCCAGGAAAUGCAGAUUUCAGGUAUCAGGCCAGAUGGAAUUGUCAUCAGUUGUUUGAUAGUCCGUUGUCAAAGCAUAUGCCAGGGCAUGGCCUUGCAUGGACUGAUUAUCAGACUAGGCGUCGAAGGUGAAACUUUGCUUUGUAAUUCCUUGGUGUCCAUGUAUUGUGAGUUUGAUAAUUUGGAAGCUGCAUAUCAAAUUUUCAGAAAAGCACCUCAGCAAAAUCAUGAAUCUUGGAAAUGUAUGAUUCGUGGGUAUGUCUCAAAAGGCUUGCAUUUGGAGUCGAUGGAGUUGUUUAGAGAAAUGCAGUAUGUAGGACUGAAACCUGACUCAGAUUGUUUAGUUGUUCUGCUUUCUGCAUGUUCACAAAUAGAAGCUUUGAGUGAAGGCAGGUGCAUUCAUUGCUAUGCAAUCAAAAGAUAUAUGGUUGAAGCAACUAGGCUGGGGAACAUGCUUGUUGACAUGUAUUCGAAGUGUGGUGAUCUAAACACUGCUUAUCAGUUUUUCCAGAUGAUGGAUAAGGACAUAGUCUCGUGGAAUAUCAUGAUUUCUGCUUACUCUGGCCUUGGAGACAGUAUGUAUGCAAUCAAUAUGUUUGCAUUGAUGCAAUUUGAAAAUCUGAAGCCAAAUUUGAUAACCUUCAUGAGCGUGUUUCCAGCUUGUUCGGAGAUUGCAGCGCUAGAUCUUGGAGAAUGGAUACAUGGUCUACUAAAGAAAAUGGGAUUUGAAUUUCAUGAACCUCUGCAGACUGCUCUGAUCGAUAUGUAUGCAAAGUGUGGCAAGCUCAAGACUGCCAGGGAGCUGUUUGAUCUGACGCCUUGUAAAGAUGUUAUCUCCUGGAAUGUCAUGAUUUCUGGGUAUGGAAUGCAUGGGUAUGCUGAAAGUGCAUUUCUAUUAUUAUCUGAAAUGUGGGAUCUUGGCAUUAAGCCAAACAGUGUCACUUUCCUUGCAAUUUUAUCUGCAUGCGGUCAUGCUGGCAUGAUCUCGGAAGGGAAGUACUAUUUUAGAUUGAUGGAAAGUUUAUCUGUUUUGCCAACUGUUAAACACUAUGCUUGUAUGGUCGACUUACUUGGUCGUGCUGGGAACCUUUGUGAAGCUUUUGAUCUUAUCCAGUCCAUGAAGUGUGCUCCUGAUGGUGCUGUAUGGGGAUCUUUACUGGGUGCAUGUAAACUUCACAACAACAUUGAUUUAGCAGAGCGAGUGGCGGAGGAAAUUCUAAAGUUAGACCCCGAGAAUGAUGGCUAUUACGUUUUGAUGUCAAACUUGUAUGGUUCCGCUGGAAGAAUUGAAGAAGAACUGCAAGUUAGGGAGAUGAUGAAGAACAGAAGACUGAGAAAGAGACCCGGAUGGAGCUCAGUGGAGGUUUUUGGUGAAACCACUGUCUUCUUUGUGGGAGAUGCGUCUCAUUUGCAGUAUGUGUCAAUAUCUGCUGUCCUUAAAACUUUAUCAGAGCAUAUGGAAGACUUAGAUAUGCUAUCUAGAGGAAGCUUAUCUGCAUCAUAGCUCAUUCUAUCAUGUUUCCCGCAAUUUCAUCUAUGCAUGUACUUUCGGGAAGAUGGUGCCGGGCUGUGUUACCAAUUCAAGGGAGGGUGCCUGGAAGUCCAAUAUGCCUGUUUAGGCUCCACUUCAAACGGCUGACGAGGCAUGAGGAGUUCAAGUGGUUCUACAGGAUAGCACAUGCAUUAUCUUUAGCUCUGAAGUUGUAAAUGUUAAGGUAGAUCACAGGUCCGCAGGUCUGUUCGCUUCAAGUUUCUUUGAAAUUUCUAAUUGAGAGUUACGAUUAGCAAAGAAAUGCUGUUCCAGACAUCCGGCCGGCUUCAUGUAGAAUCUGUGAUGUACCAAGUUUGACGUAGUUGUGUUCUGACCUGACUAGUUCCAAAAUUGGAACUCAACACAACUUGUUUAGUGUUUAACUUGCAUGCGCCGG